UUGACUUUGUGGGACAUUUUGUGCCCCUCUAUCAAGUGUAUUCUUGGUCAAACCAACAUGGCGGACGUUGAGGAAAGGUUGAGUAACGUAGUAAAUGUUGCUGAAAGCAAGCGGGCCGCUAAAAGGAAAGCAAACCAAGCUACAAAGAAACAACAAAAGAAAGUUCUCAAAGUUGAAAAAAAUACCAAGAGUGCAGGAUUUGAUAAAGAAAUCUUCCUUGAAACCAAAUGUUUUGUUAAAAAUGGUUUGCGAUGUGUCCAUCCUUAUUUCUUCACUUUCACUACCUACUGCAAGGGACGCUGGGUAGGCCAUAGCUUGAUUGAUGUGUUUAAAGAGGAGUUUCGUUCUGAGACCCAGGAAUACUAUGAGAAGGCAAUAAAAGCUGGAAAAAUUACAGUGAAUGGUGAAGUAACAUCUCAAAUUAGAAUUCUUAAAGACAAUGAUGUGAUUAGAAACAAAGUCCACAGACAUGAACCUCCUGUAACAGGGAAUCCUUUAAAAAUCAUUGCAUUAACAGAUGAAAUUGUUGUGCUUGAUAAACCUUCUUCAAUUCCAGUACACCCUUGUGGCAGGUACAGGCACAACACUGUUGUAUUCCUUCUUGGAAAGGAGUUUGGAUUGACAAAUCUUUUUACAAUUCACCGUAUUGACCGUCUCACUUCAGGAAUUUUGAUGUUUGCAAGAACACUGUCAAAGGCUCAGGAGCUUGAGAGUCAAGUGAGAAACAGACAAAUAGAGAAGGAAUACAUUUGUAGAGUGCAAGGAGAAUUUCCAAGUGAGGAAGUUGUGUGUGAGGAGCCAAUAAAAGUUGUUACACACAAGAUUGGUGUGUGCCGAGUUUGUACAAGUGAGGGCAAGCCAUGUAGAACUGUUUUUAAAAGGCUCAACUAUGAUGGAAAGACAAGUAUUGUGAAAAGUGUCCCACAUACAGGCAGGAUGCAUCAAAUCCGUGUUCAUCUUCAGUGGCUUGGUUAUCCAAUUGUAAAUGAUCCAAUAUAUAACCACCAGUCAUGGGGACCCCUCAGGGGUAGAGGUGGGGUGUCCGAUCGCCUGGUACGUCAGGUGAUUGCAGAGCUUGUUAAAUCUUCAAACAUCAUAAACGCUGAGAGCGGAACCUUUCGUGAAGAAGACCUUUCUCGCCAACAUCAACAAAACUCAAGCAAUAUGAAACACGAAGCAGUCACUAACAUUGAAAAUGAAUCACUGAGGCGCCACUGCACUGGAAAUAAAGAUAGUGUCAGCGCGGAAUCUCAGUCUUGUAUAGAUAACGAAGAGAAAAACACAGAACUGUACUAUGACGAUGACUGUAGUGAAUGCCAGAUACAGAGGAGAGAUCCAACUUCUGAUGAACUCACCAUGUGUUUACAUGCUCUCUCUUACAAGGGACCAGACUGGGAAUUUAAGACAGACCUGCCAAGUUGGGCUAAAGAAUGAGUCAACCUUUCUAAAAUCCCGGAAAACGCGGAGCGGAAUUGAACUUUUAAGCUGAACUGGGUAGGGAUGAGGGAAAAGGUUUACUCUACCGAGACACGACGCAUGGAAAGAGACGCGACAAGUUUUGCGACUAUGGUGACUCGCGCUUGAUGGCGCAGGACUUGUUUUUCUCACUUAAAUCAGUGAGAAAUUGAAAGGAAAAAUUACUAAUGCCAAAUAUUUUGUGCGUAGAUGCUCCCAGCAUGGAUUAAAACCCCAUUGUCAGGUCAGAUGGUCGGGCAAAUCGAAAGUUAUUAGCGGAAAACGAUUUAAAAGCUCCUUAAAAAGGGUCAUGCUGUAGAGCGCAAAUCAUGCCAUGAGUGGUCAUGCGGUUAACUCGAAAAAGAAACAGCUUAAAAACAGCUGCAAAGAGAACGACUAACUAAGACUUAUGAUAGACCAUGCGAUAACUUUUGCACCGAAAGUGGGAGUCAUUGUGACUUCAAGUCGUGGUUUUCCCGAACUCCGAGCACGAAGAAUACAGAAGGCACUCCGGCAAUGCGUCUAAGAAAUGUCUAGUAAACCAAAUGGUGUUCUCUAAAAGCGAGUAUUACGGGAUCUAUUCUAUUAACAGAAAAGAACAUGCUAUCCCCUUAUUUGUAAAUGCACAAUUCUACGUAUUACCUUCUUACAUUAUGAAGCUGCAUGUAAUGCUGUAAUUAAUUGCUUUAUGGUCAUGACGGCAGUGCACCCUCUAACAUCAUAAAACUUUAUACAAGAACGUCAAACAUCCAUACCCUUACUACUCGCUCAUCAACGUCACAACUCUUUAGCGUUAAGUACUCUAGGCUUCAAAUGCAAAGAAAGGCCAUUUCACGUGUUGGUGAACUGAAAUGAGCUACUUGAUGAAUAUUAGAGUUUGUAAAAGAGUUCUCGGUAUUCUAGAGACUGAAGGUUCUUAUAUUGAGCCUGAUAUAAGAUAAUGCUAAACUUCAAACGAUGGAAAAUUGAAACAAGUUCAACCAGUUCUACAAUCUUUUUAGUACACUUGAAACUUAGGGGCUUUUUCUCGUCAACGAUGAACCCUUUCAUUUUCAUUUUGCCUUUCUAGUAUAUCAUUUAAUGUCUCUAAAUAUUAUUUCUUCAUUUCUGUAUUAUUUCCAGUAUAAUCAAAGUUAUAAAACUCUCGAAUGUGAUUGGUUAUCACCAGCCAGAUUUGAGAACUAAUCGGAAAGUGUACGCGUCAUGCUUGUAUUGGACAGGGUAAUGAGACAGUUGACACGUCAGUACGCGUCAUUACCGCACGCUGUUGUCGCGCAUUUAUUGUUGUUGAAAUUCUUUUAUGAAAACGUA